AUGUUGACUUACUUUGCUGCAUUUGAGGUAUUCUUUGAAGAAAAUCUGCCAAAGUUAUUUGCUCACUUCAAAAAAAAUAACUUAACUCCAGACAUCUAUCUUAUUGAUUGGAUAUUCACAUUGUACAGCAAAUCUUUGCCACUAGACUUGGCGUGUCGUAUCUGGGAUGUGUUCUGCCGUGAUGGAGAAGAGUUCUUAUUCCGUACAGCCCUGGGAAUAUUAAAACUUUUUGAAGAUAUUUUGACCAAAAUGGACUUCAUUCAUAUAGCCCAGUUUUUAACAAAGCUACCAGAGGACUUGCCUUCGGAAGAAUUCUUCACGUCUAUUGCUGCCAUUCAGAUGCAAAGUAGAAACAAAAAGUGGGCUCAGAUACUGGCUGCUCUGCAGAAAGAUAACCGGGAAAUGGAAAAAGGAAGUCCUUCACUCAAACGUUAAAACUAUGAUUGCCUCCAGUGACUCACGGGAAAAGAGCUAAAGUGGCAAAAGUAUUGAGUACUGUUUGACAUGUAUGAGCCUGCAACUCAAAGUGUUAUUUCAGAGUUUUGUUUAGUAAUAGGAUAGCCUUAAAGGGGAGAGAGAAAAAAAAAGGGGGGGGGGGGCAGGGAAGGAAGGAAAUCCGGGGAUAAAACCCUUAUAAGUGAAACCUAGGCUUAGCCUUAAACUUUUAGUGGAACGAGCGUUUGCUGUGGACAGCAUUACACAUUCUGUACUUCUGAUGAGGGCAGUGAAACUAAACAAUAUCAAGGGGUUUUCUAAGGUUUUUUUUUUUUUUCUUCAGUGUUUUAAAAGACUGGGCAAUGUUGGUUGCUUUGAAAGCUAUUCCUCAGUUUCAUUCCUGGGCAGGAUAUAUUUCCCAUACCCAUAACAGUAGCUGGAUCUGGAUUUUAAAUAACUGGUGCUGGAAUUUAUAGUUAAAUGAUGUAAGGACCAUUUCUUU